AGAGUUUUUUUGGUCUGCAAGAGGUCCAUACGUGUCAACUUUCUAAUUAUUUUUCUCCUCUUCAUUUGCGAUUUCUCUCUCUCGCUCUUCUCUUCUAAUCUCCAAUGGCUGUGAAACGAAGAACACGGUGUAGACUCUCGAUCAUCAUCGUCGAAGUGUUUCAAUCGGAGAACACGGUGUAGACUCUCGAUCACAAUAUGCAUGAUCGGAGCCGGAGGUUUCAUCGGUUCACAUCUCUGUGAAAAAUUGAUGAUGGAGACGCCUCAAAAGGUACUUGCGCUUGAUGUUUACAACGAGAAGAUCAAACACUUGCUUGAACCUGAUACCGUUGAAUGGAGUGGUCGGAUCCAGUUUCAUCGUAUCAAUAUUAAGCAUGAUUCAAGGCUUGAAGGUCUUAUUAAGAUGGCGGAUCUGACUAUACAUCUUGCUGUGAUCUGUACUCCAGCUGAUUACAAUACACUUCCUCUUGAAACAAUCUACAACAAUUUCAUUGAUGCGCGUCCAGUUGUUAAAUACUGUUCUGAGAACAACAAGCGUCUCAUUCACUUUUCUACCUGUGAAGUGUAUGGAAAAACCACUGGUAGCUUUCUUCCUAAGGACCAUCCUCUGGCGUGAGGUAAUGCCUAUUUGUACCUUUCGUUUUCAACAUGUUGUUGUGUUUCUAUCAAUCAUAUCAAUGAAUGUACUGAGGAACAUGUUGAAGCUGACAUUUUCUUUCGUUUUCUUAGCUACAUUAUGAAUGCUUCAUUCAUUUUUUUUUGUAUUUUUUAUAUAUUUU